CCCCAGCUCUGGGGAGAGCCGUGAAUCGGAGGGGGAACAGCGGCAGGGUCGCGACCUUCCUCAGAGCCCCCGACACGCGUCACCCGCCUGCGGGCCGGAGGGAGGAACAGGGAGCGAUUUGGGGCGCGCGAAGAGCCGGGCGGGCGGGAAAGACCCAGGUCCGCGGCUGUCCCGCCCCACGCUGCCCCCCAGCCGCAACGUUUCUCAGCGGGCUGCCGCGCAGGCUCAGGCCUGGCCUCGCCCCUGCCUGCCUGGCGUCCUCCGCAGCUCGGCGGGGAGCGGCGCGGCAUGGCUCUGCGGCUGCUGCUGGGCCGAGCGACGCGGCCAGCUCCGCUGUGCAGCUCCUUGAGGAGAACUAGUUCUAAUGUGGAAGGAAAGUCUGAACCUAUACAGAAAUCCCCUAAAAAAUCAAAAUUACCAGUAGGUCGUCUUGAUGAACCAGAGGAGUCCAAUAGAGAGAGGGAACCACUGGAAAAACUGUGUUUCCUUCACCUGUCAGAAGCAGUCCAAAUGCUUGGGGCCCCCACCUUGCUAAAUGACUGGAAAGACUGGAACCUGCCAGGGUCUCCACAGGACGGAUGAGAGUCUACUGUUAAAGCACUUAGAUUCUGUUAUUGGUUUAUAUAUUUUCUCUGUAUGCUUUUACCCACAAAUAGAGGUGCUCUGCUUUGAAAAAGCUGUUUGAUUCCUUGUAAAUCCCUGUCACUGUCCUUGGAAAGAAAGCAAAGAAGGAAAGCUGGACAUUAGAACUGCUUGGGACAAUCACAGUGACUGGCAGGGGAGCUGUAGCCUGAACUCCCUGGUCAGGAGGGAAAGUGGGACAUAGGUCUCUAUCCAUAGAGAUGUGACAGCUAGAGGCCCGAGACCUGAAUUGGCAUUCCUGGAGCAGACCAUAGGGGUGUGCGUGUCACAGCUGCAGUUUCGUUGAAACUGUGACAGAUGGUACCAGCACAGUUUAAAAAGACCAUUUGCUCAAAGCCCUCCAUUAUUUCAUGGACAUUUCCAAUCUUUACUACUUGUGGGUGAACAAAAGCUAUUGCCUUGCAAACCUCCAUCACCGCAGCACCAACCGUUGACGUCCCAAUGUCAAACUGAUCAUACUACCACCUAGCUGAAACCAUCCCGAUGUGUAGAAAGAAUAGUAAAUAUGGCAGGCAACCAGCUUGGCUUAACAGUGAAAUCCUUGCUGAUCUUAAAUACAAAAAAGAAGCUUACAAGAAGUGGAAGAUUGGAC